CAUCAGUAGCUAACAGUUAGCUUACCGCUGCUGUUUGAUUGUGGCUCAAACAUGACAUUUUACAUUAUUUGUGGUGAUUAAACUAACACUAUCCAGUAGGGAUGUGCUCAGUUUUUGGAUGUGAUUCUUGGCGACGCAGUGUGGAGCGUUUUAAACUGCCGGAUGAUCCUGAGAAGAGGCUGGAGUGGGUUGAGUUUCUGGGUACAGUUAAUAAGCAGCGGUUCAAGGAGUCCUCCUGGACUGAGAUCACCAUCUGUAGAGAACACUUUAAAGAGGACUGUUUUGGAAAACCCACCCAGGGUGCCGUGCAGCUAAAACCUUGCGCUGUCCCAUCACUUAAGUCAGACUUGAACGAAUCCGAGCCAAAUGUGCAGAGCCCAGCAGACGUGGAGACCGGAGGAGCCUCAUCUUCCUCUAAUGACGAGUCAGGACAAACCUCACAGGCUGCCCAAGAAAUCACAGUGCAGAGCGGUGUCUUCUGUUCAGCCGAUAUUUCAGAUUCAAUUAUGUCUGUGAUGUCAGAAAACCACAAGUGCCCGUUAUGUGGUGGUAAACUUCAGUUGAAGAAGUUCAGCCAUGGGUUACUUAUCAUCCUGGACCAGCAGUGCCUUCAGUGUGAGUACAGAAAUGAGUGGAAGAGUCAAGUCAAUGCCAGUGUCCCAACAAUGGAACAACACCUGACAGGAGGGAGGGAUGUAACUCUGGAGUCCCAUCGGACAGAGCCAACAGAUGAAAAUCACAGCAUUAUUGCAGAUACCUCUGAGAUCAAUGCUGUUAUUGAAGAGGAAAGUGAUUCCAUAGAUGAAACAGACCAAUCGUCAGAAGAUGACUCAGAUGAAGAUUGGAGGUCAAAAAGAAAGAAUUUGCUUAAUAAGAAGUGUUAUGAGUAUUCUGAAAUUGAUGAUGACGAAGUUAAUGAUCAUUCUCUCCGCAAAAACAUGCAGCUCUGCACAGACUGUGGGAUGUUUUUCAGCAAACGCUGGCCUCACACAUGUGAGCACAUAACUAAACCCUUCCCCUGCAAUAUAUGUGGAAAAAGAUGCGUGAGUGAGGCUGCUUUAAAUACUCAUGGUAGAACCCAUGAAGAAGACUAUGAGUUUCGGUGUAAAUUUUGCACCCUUACGUUCAAAACAAAGGCGGACAAACUGAAACAUGAGCAGGUUCACAUAACUGAAGGAAAGCCCUAUAAAUGCCGUGAAUGCUUGGAGACAUUUGCCAGUAGAAAAGAACGCAGCAUCCACUUAGAAACGCACACAAAAUGUCACAUCUGUGGGAUUGAAUUUCGGUGGCCCCUUAACCUUCAGAGACACUUGGCUGUCCACACAGGAGAGAAACCCUACAAGUGUUCAGUGUGCCAACGUGGCUUCAACCAGGCAGGCCACCUUAAAUCACACAUGCGCCUGCACACAGGAGAGAGGCCUUUCAAGUGUCAACAUUGUGACAAAUCCUUUACACACAAUGUUAGCUUGAAGAGUCAUGUCCAGCGUUAUCACACCUCGAGUGCUGACCUUGAACCGAAGAAGUGUAAGAAGAGUGAAAGCAGCACUAAAAAGAAUGGAAACAACAAAGGCACAGACUCUGGGUUUGAUAAUCAAGAGGAAGAACAAGAUGAACAAAAGACAGAGAAAAAAGUCACAGUGAAAUUCAAUAAAUAUAAAAGAAGCACAGGUAGACCCAUUGGAAGGCCCAAAAGGGCAUCAUCAGAGAAUGUCAGUGAAGAGUUUCAUGCGGAAAGCCAGAGUUCAGAUUCUACAACUGAAAAAAUCAAGAAACAGAAGUGCCAGAAAACUCAGAGAGACGAUAAAGAAAGUGAAAACAAUUUGACAAACAGUGACACAGACUUUCACUCAGUAGAGGAGGAGAAGGAGGAGGAGACAAGCCAGACUGUGAAGAAGAGCACAAGCAGAUCAGGACGAAGACCAAAGAACUCUGAUAGUGACUCGGAUUUUCAUCCAAAAAACAGGAGGAAAAAGAGUCAGAAAAGAGGUUUGGGCACAGGGAGGCACAGAGGAAGACCAAGGAAGGCUCCAGAGGUGUAAAUUUAAAUCUAUGGUUGCACUGAUUGUUAUUCUCCAGGCCCAUACUGAUGUUGAGGUUUAAAAUAAGUAUAUGGCUGACAAAUAUUUUUUUGUUUGUUUGUUACAUUAAUGUUAUUGUUUAUUCCCAUUUGUGCCAAGGAAAGCCUUUAUCAUAGGAAAAAUAACUGAUUUUAAAGUCUUUCUGCUCUUUAUCAUGUUAUCUAUGAAUGAGCACAAAUGUCAUCACACAUAUUUAUAAAACAACCUUUAAUAAUAACACAACAGGCAAACAGUGGUCACUGCAAUCAGGGGAAAUGUCAUUGUAUUUGCUGAAAGCUGAUGUUAGUCCAAAAGGCCAAUAAUAUAUUGCUAUAGUUAUGUUUUUACAUUUCUUCAGCUACUGUGUCUGUGCAUCUGUAAUUAAACAUUUUGGUACAAAUUGAAUUUGUUUGAACAAAAGUGGAAGCUCUUCCAAAACUGGACUGCUUUCCUUGUUUCAGCACUUAGUAUGACCAACAAAACGUGUACACAUUUUAUUGCCUUUUAUUGGUAAUUCUUGCUUGUCUUGAUCCAUCUAGACUACAUUGGAAAAUUGCCACAUAAUUUUAUGAUAGUUGUAUUAAUAUGGAUAAAGUGUAGACCGUUUAACAAUGUGUCAGCGUUUCUUUGUGUUAUAAUUACUUGUACUUUAUCUUAAUUAACUCUAAUAUCUAUAGAGCAAAAAA